UCAGAGCGGACCACGAAACGUAAAUUUGUUGUGUUGAAUGUGUCAGAGAUGGAACGAGUUUGAUAAAAUAAGUGUUAUUUGUUAAUAAUGUUACAGACAGUACAAAUGGUUAGACUUAUGGAAGUGACUCGGAAAAAUUUGUGGUUGAAAUAUACUCCAUAUCUAGCGUUAUUUAUUUUCAUUGACAUUUCAGAAUGUGUCAGUCAAGCCGAAGUCAGCAGGCAUUUAGAAUUAGGUAAACAGUAUCUAGCCAAAGGUCAGUUGGCGGACGCCUUAAGUCACUACCAUUCGGCUGUUGAGGGGGAUCCUAGGAAUUAUUUAACUUAUUUUAAGCGGGGAACGGUGUAUUUAGCCUUAGGGAAAGCGAAAAAUGCCAUAAGUGACUUUGACAUAGCUCUAGAUUUGAAACCAGAUUUCACUGCAGCACGUAUCAGUAGAGGAAUCAUUCAUUUAAAACAAGCAGAUUAUGAUCUGGCGCAUCUAGAUUUCUACAACGUCCUGCAAACUGAUCCAUACAACCUGGAAGCUAACGACCUAAUUACUAAAAUAGAGCCAGCCAAACAAAAACUAGCCGAUGCAAAACACUUCUACGCCCGUGAUGACCACGUCAGCGCUAUUCACUACCUAUCAGAAGCCAUUGAAACAAGUCCAUGGGCUUCCAUUCUAUAUGAGCUUCGAUCAGACAUGCACAUGGCAAGUGGGGAUGAAUUGGCCGCUAUUAGUGACAUUCGGGUUGCCACCAAGCUCCAAAGUGACAACACUGAGGGGUACUUCAAGCUAGCCCAAUUAUUGUACAAAUUAGGACAUGCAACAGAUUCACUCAAAGCAAUCAGAGAGUGUCUUAAGUUAGACCCAGAACACAAAGAUUGUUUCCCUUUCUAUAAGAAAGUAAAAAAAGUGGAAAAAUUUCUAACAGAGUCUGAAACUGCCCUAGAGGAAAAAAAUUACCAAGAGUGCAUCAAUUCAGCUCUCAAAGUUUUGAAAAACGAAGAUGAAGAACACAAUAUGAUUUAUAACGCGAAGAAGUUGUUGUGUGCGUGUUAUUCUAACGAUGAACAGACUGAAGAGGCCAUAAAUGCGUGCACUGAAGCUUUAACCAUUAAUGAUGAUGCUAAUAUUUUCUGUGAUAGAGCGGAAGCGUACCUUCAGUCAGAAAUGUACGAUGACGCAAUUAGAGAUUUCAGAGCAGCGCUGGAGAUAAAUUCUCAGUUUGAGAGGGCAAGGGAGGGUUUGAAUAAGGCUGAAAAUAGGCAAAAACAGUCUGAAAGGCGCGAUUAUUACAAAAUAUUAGGGGUGAAAAGGACAGCUUCCAAGAGGGAUAUUGUGAAAGCUUACAGAAAAAUGGCGCAACAGUGGCACCCAGAUAAUUACCAGAUGGACGAGAAAAUGAAGAAAAUUGCAGAGAAGAAGUUCAUUGAUAUAGCGGCCGCAAAAGAGGUACUAACCGAUGAUGAGAAAAGGCGGCAAUUUGAUAGCGGAGAAGACCCUCUGGAUCCUGAAUCUGGACGAGGAGGAAUGCCCAACUUCCACCAUUUCCAACAUUUCCAUGGCAGUCCGUUCCAGUUCAAGUUUCACUUUAACUAAAUUGUUAAGAGUGUUUGAUUUUUGUGCGGUGUAACAUCGGCGAAACUCAGGAUAAGUGUGAUAAAAUACUGUCAUUACUUUAAUGCCAGAACAAGCUGUCAGAACUUGUUUCAAAAGGACUGAUAUCAUGUACAUAUUCUAGUAAUUUUUACCAUUUGGUGUUACUACUGUAUAUAUUUAUAUUAUAGUAAAAUAUUUAUAUUUC